AUGGUGAUGAAUCCACUUUCGUAUCAAGAUGUAGAAACCCUGAGCAAAAUAUUGCGAAUGGGAAAUUUUGAUGAAAUUCUUCGAAAUAUCAAUAUAAUUCGUCCUAUCGGAUCUGAAAAUCAUGCUCUCGUUCGAGAGUAUAUUAAAACGACGCUCGAAAAUAUUGGUUGGGAAGUCGAACUUGACACUUUUACAAAUUUAACUGUGAUUGGAGAUGUAACAUUUAGAAACAUAAUUGCAAUAAAUAACCGACGUGCUUCACGGCGUCUGGUUUUAGCCUGCCAUUAUGAUUCUAAAAUGAUCCAAAAUUUCUAUGGAACAAUUGAUUCUGCUGUUUCCUGCGCUAUUAUGGUUAACAUCGCUGUUAGUUUGUCUAAAGUGUUGGAUUCUUCGGAGGUAUGUAUUUCGAAGACUAAUGUUCUUAUGUUAUGCCAGCUCGAUAUUGCUCUGCAGUUAAUAUUUUUCGAUGGCGAAGAGGCUUUUCACGAAUGGACCGACGAUGAUUCAAUUUACGGUUCCCGCCAUUUAGCCGCCAAGAUGUCCAUGAAGGGUUCCAAUGGCUGCAAUGAUAUAGACAGAAUAGAUCUCUUUAUUCUCUUGGAUUUGGUGGGAGCAGCCGGAUCCACAUUCCCACAAUAUCCACACUGCGAUUCUCGUUUCUACGACGUACUUCGUAACUUAGAGCUAAUAUCGAGGCCUCUCUUCCUACCAAAAUCUGGAAGUGUUGGAGCUAGCAGCCUCCUUUCCUAUUUUUCCCCUCGCUCUUAUAGAGGAAUUCAGGAUGAUCAUAUUCCCUUCCUACGUAGACGUGUUCCUGUGCUCCAUCUGAUUCCAGCCCCCUUUCCACCCCAAUGGCACGACGUCUCCGACAAUAUCGAGAAUGUUGACCGAAAAGCUGUGCACGAUGUUCAACUCCUGGUAGCCGCUUUCUUAUGCCAAUACCUCCAAAUUUCACCAAGCAGAGUUCAUCAUGACAGCUACAGCUAA